CUCUAUGAAAUUUCAAACGCUUUUGAUUUUCUUGUGAAACAAAGUUGWCAAAAUACAGUAAUGAUUUUCAAUUUUGUUGAAAUGAAUCGCUAUUUGAGAAUCCUGUCGAUCCUCCUGCUUUCGUUGAUAAGAAAUUCGUGUGCUGGAUGUUGCUCCAUGAACUACAAACAAUGUGAUGCAGGUUGGUGCGGGAAUUCUCGGAGCGAGUGCGAAAAUUGCGGCGGCGACGCCUUCAUUUUCUUGCCGGACGGAGCACGUUUUAAUUGCCAAGCCCGGUGUAAGUUUAAAUCGAAUCCAUCGUGUCUUGAUAUUCGUAUGGUUGUUUCUUCAAUAAUAUAAACUUAUAAGAAGUUAUUUUCUAAUAGGGUCGGGGUGCACUGGAAACAUAAACAGCUGCUGUGAUGGCCUCGUGUGUACAGAACAGAGCGAAUAUUUUUGGCAAUGUUUGCCCGGUACAAACAAUAGUCCAAUUGCUCCCAUGGUACCUUCCACUGCCCCCAUUGCACCGGUGGUGCGGCCUACAGUCUCACCAACUGUUAUGCCUGCAGUUCCACCCGUCGCCGCGCCUUUUGUUGCUCAGCCGGUCGAUCGGCCAAGGUGUGGGUGUUCGUCGUGCACACAAGAAGUUCUCGCUACUUUGGCAGGCGGACACUCUUGUGGUUCCCGCAUCGAUUGGGUGAUUGCGAACAUGGGCAAAUCCGAAAGUAGCGCCUGCAAAUUAGUGGCAGGCGAAGAAUUUCCUUCGGAAUGUGGCAAUUGCAAUCCGAACAUAUGCAGCAAUCCGUACCCUACUGGUGCACCAAUUGAAGACAUUGAUCCUGUUGGAUCUCCGCAAAUCCGACCGUCACCAUCGCCUUCAGGAGUGCUUUUGAGCACGGAUAAGGCCUUGAAUGCAUGGGAUGUGYACCUUGGACUGGAAUUUAUGACCCAUGUCAAUUCCCAGAGCCCUCCAAAUUAUGCCUUGGUUGCAUCGUAAGUGUAUAAAUUAUAUUCGAUCUUUAUCAAUAUUCUCAAGCCUGUGUUUAUUUGAAUCGCUUUCUUUUUUCUCUAAGUCAAUUUUUUGUUUCUGUUCCUGUAUCUCUAAUCCUGCCUUUCGCAGCGGUGGGGCUGCUGGAUCUGGAAAUCUGGUUGUUAGCGAGAGUCAAGCAUAUGCACUUCUGAUUACCGGAGUAGUCCUCGUAAGCUGGGAAUCUCAUGCAGGAAGAGUCAACGGUGCCAACCGCUCGGAUGUUAUUAUAGCAUUUGAAGGCUACUACAAUUUUUGGAAGGAAAUGUGCAGAAAUUCGUCCAGCGGCUCUGCCAAUUGCCAGUCUGGUGGGCAUUUCUGUAAGGACGAGUCGACAGGAUCUUCAAGUGUCUGCCUUCCCGAUUGGAGACACCUGAAGAGCGGUGGCAGUGAAUCUACUGGGCCAGCGCCCGAUGCCGACGAGGAUGCUAUCGUGGGCAUUAUUCUGGCUGUCAAGGCCCUGGAAGGAGACGACACCAAACCGGGGUGGUACGAGGAGGCUCGCCGAUGGGCGGACGCCUCUGCCACAGCCUUUUUCCGCUACAACGUUGACUCCUCCCGUGGAGACCACCGCUUGGUCAAGCUGGGUGCGUGCUGGGGGGGCUGGGAAGGGAGCGGCAACAAUCCGAGCUACCAUUCGCCCGGCUCCUAUCGUGUCAUGAAAGAUUAUCAGGCGACCUUUCCCGAUUCCGACCGCGUUGGUUACGAAGGGAUCCCGCCUGGCGAAUGGGACAAGCUGAUUGCUACCUCCUAUGAAGUUUUGCACACGGUCCAGUGCUCGGGCRAUGGGGCGCUGGUUCCAAACUGGGCAACGAUUGGCACGGACGGCAACGGAAACAUUGUCAAUACCGGUGAAAGAUUUUCUGGAAGCGGGACUCCACAGGUACGAAUUUGGAACAACAAGUCUCCGCUAAAUAUGCUGAACWACUCGAUGCGUAACAACGCACCGCGAAAGAUUCUGUGUAUCACGCUUCCAAAAAUCGUUCUAACGCGGCGGCUUUCUUUGAUUCGUUCGACUAUUCGUUCCUUUGAUUCGUUUAUUCGCUUGCAUGUUCGUCCUCCCCUCUUUGUUGUCCAGUCUGAAUACGGAGCAGAAGCGGCACGAUCAACCUUCCGAGUGGCUUUGGAUGCUGCCUUUUACCCGCAAAUGAGCAGCGAAUGGUCCCCUUUUCUGAGUCGAUUCAAUUGGAGAUUGGACAGCGACUUUGACACUAGCAGUGCAUGGUCUUCGGAUGCAUUUCCCAGUUGCCGGGCUCCCGGGGCAAGCCAAGACACAACCAUGUUCGGAAGUUGGAGGUAUAACGCUUUCAUUUAUGGACCAACAUUCUCCGCCCUCAUUGCAUCGUCUUCGGACAUUGCCAAUGCGCAAUCCAUGGUGGAUGCGGCGGGGCAAAGGCUCGCGGAAUCUUUGCCGGAGAGCUACUACCCCCGAUCGUGGGCCCUGCUGUCCAACUUGAUGCUCAGUGGUGCCAUGGAAAGUGCUGGGGAAACUCUUCGUGGGUCCAUCGUGGUCUAAGACGAGAAGAAGGAGACGACUGUAAGGUUGCAGCAAUUGACCUCUCGUUGCUCACCGCUUGAAUGGUAGUUCCUCUUCUGUUGCAUUGCUCCUGACCAGCAGCACCACCAGCAACAGCAACAGCAACAGCAACAGCAACAGCAACAGCAACAGCAACAGCAACAGCAACAGCAACAGCCUCAACCUUUUUGCUCAGAAUCUAGUAUACUAGCAAAAAAAUCUGCCAAUAUUGAUAAUUUGCCAUUUUAUUACUUCCAUAGACUUGAACAUAUGCAUGGUAGUAGCGGGUUUCAAAAUAUAUAUGUCAUUUUAUC